AUGGUUAAACUACAAUUACAAAAGCAACAACAAUUAUCAGAACAAACGGAAGAAGAGAGAUCGUCAUCUUCUUCAUUAUUAGCAGCAACAAGAGUAGUAAAUAAUGACCAACAACAACAAAGAUACUUUUUACCGUCAUCUUCCACAACAACAAACUCGACUUUACCAUAUAAUAUUGUAGAUCAACAAUUGGCUACAGUGUAG